AUGUUUCGUAGAACAGCAUUAAGAUUUCAAAAGACUGCAUCAGCAGCAUUGAAGAGAAAUUACACUAGUGAAGCACCUAGUUCCUCUGCUCACAAGCUGGCCGAAGAAGCUUUAGCCCAAAAGACAGGCGCUGCUACCAAGAGCAGAGCUACACUUCCCAAGGGUGACAAGAAGCCUACCAAAGCCAAGGGAGAAAAGGACAACAACUACAAGGAGAUUGCUUUAACGGCUGGUGCAAUCACCGGUCUUGGUCUCGGUGGUUUGUUCUACUACGGUCGUCCCUUUGAGGAUGGUAGACCCGACAAGUACGUCGAGGAAAAUGCUCUUUCUGCUGCCUACAAGCGUUGUGUUGAUCGUUUCAAUGAAUUUCAACAGGGAAUGAAUGAGCCAAUGUGGGAUAAGCUUCUUCCUGAGCCUUUGCCCGAGCCCUAUCGUCGUGCCUACACUUUGGUCAUCAAUUUGGAUGAGACGUUGGUCUACUCCACUUGGGAUAAAGAACACGGUUGGCGUCAUGCAAAGAGACCUGGCGUCGAUUAUUUCCUCUCAUACCUCUCGCAAUUUUAUGAAAUCGUCAUCUUCACCUCCCAGUCAUCCAUGAACGCCAUGCCACUGUUAGAUAAGCUUGAUCCUUACCAAUACGCCAUGUACAGACUCUACCGCGAAGCGACUCGUUAUGUUGAUGGAAAAUACGUCAAGGAUUUGUCACAUUUGAACCGUGAUUUGAGCAAGGUGAUCAUCAUGGACUCCAACCCUGAUUCGUUCAGCUUGCAACCAGAGAAUGGCAUUGCAUUGAAGCCUUGGAAGGGAGAAGUCAAAGAUCAAGGUCUUUUGGAAUAUAUUCCAUUCUUGGAAGCUGUUGCUUUGACCACUCCUGAGGAUAUCCGACCUGUAUUGAAGAGUUUUGAAGGACAAUAUAUUCCUAUUGAAUGGGCCAAGCGUGAGCAAGAAAUGAACAAGAUGCAUAGAUUACAGUGGGAACAGGAGCAAGCCAAGAAAAAGACAUCUCGUAAUCUAGGAUCUCUUUUGGGCGGUGGAGGAUCUGCUGCUGCUCAAGUGGAGGGGCCACCACCUACCUAUUUAGAACAAAUGAGAAAGCAUGUCAGAGAGACAUUUGCAUCUGAAUUUGAGCAGCAAAAGAAGAGCCAAGAGGCGGCCAUGGCACAGGACAUGGAGCGACAGAUGGAGAUGAUGAAGGAGAUGAAGAUGUCUGUUUGGGAUUUGAUGACACAAGCAGCCUCUGGCCAGCCUUUAGCACCUCCUCCACCUCCAUCUGCUGAGGAGCAAAAGUAG